GUGAACUUGCUGCUUGUUUGCUGGGAUUUUUGCGGAGAAAGCUGGCCUUCGCGAGAUUCAUAGAAACUCUGUUGAGAAGCUAUCAGUGUGAUGUGCCAGAACUGAAUGAUGGCGAAUAAUGAUAGUUUUGAGAUACUGCACUCUGCCUACCUUGCUGUAGAAUACGUAGACUCUUUGCUGCCUGAGAAUCCACUACAACAACCAUUUAAAAAUGCUUGGACCUAUAUGCUGAAUAACUACACUAAGUUCCAGAUUGCAGUUUGGGGGUCAUUCCUUGCUCAUGAACUUUUCUUUUUUUUACUAUGCUUACCUGGAUUCAUGUUUCAGUUUAUACCUUACAUGCAACAAUAUAAAAUACAAAAGGAUAGACCAGAAACAUGGGAAGGACAAUGGAAAUGUUUCAAACAACUUAUGUUCAAUCACUUUCUUAUUCAGCUGCCUCUCAUAUUUGGUACCUAUUUUUUCACAGAAUAUUUUAAUAUUCCUUAUGACUGGGAAAACAUGCCAAGAUGGUUUGUGAUACUUGCCCAGUGUCUUGGAUGUGCUGUGAUUGAGGAUACCUGGCAUUAUUUCUUUCAUCGACUACUUCAUCAUAAGAGAAUAUAUAAAUACAUUCACAAAAUACAUCAUGAAUUUAUUGCACCAUUUGGGAUGCAAGCUGAAUAUGCACAUCCUCUAGAAACUCUAAUCCUUGGAGCUGGAUUUUUCAUUGGAAUAAUGGUCUUCUGUAAUCAUGUGAUUUUGCUGUGGGCAUGGUUAGUUUGCCGUUUGAUAGAGACCAUUGAUGUUCACAGCGGCUAUGACAUUCCUCUGAAUCCUUUACAUGUGUUGCCUUUUUAUGCUGGGGCUCGCUUUCAUGACUUCCAUCAUAUGAACUUCAGUGGCAAUUACUCUUCAACAUUCACAUGGUGGGAUAAACUCUUUGGUACUGAUUCGCAAUAUAAUUCUCACACAGAAAAAAUGAAGAAAGAGGAACUCACAGUGGAAAAGAAGAUGGAAUAGAUUUCCCAUUUGCAACACUAUUUUGGGUAUCCAAGAGGCAAAUGGCUGCCAUUUUACUUUUGGUUAAAACUAGAAAACUUAACACAUUGCAAUUCAAAGCAAAUACAGCUUUUAACAAACAGCGAAGCUUGGAUGUGCAGCAGGAAAAAACAUUAAUUGAUGCAUUUUCCAAACGAUUGUGCUUUUUCUAUCCUAUACAUAAGUCAAACAGAUACAGUAUAUAUUUAAGAAAAUGUUAAGUAUGACCUUAUGCUUGAAACUAUGUUAAAAAAAUGAUAUAUGUUAAAAUUAAACUGAGGGGUUGUUUUUUUUAUUAAUGUCAGCCCUAAAGUUUAGAAAGAGUAGCCACACUGGGUUCACUAAAUAAAACUUUUGUGGGAAUCCCCUCCUCAAUUAGAUGUAAAAAAGAUUUUAAAAAAAAUCUUAAUUUGCUACGAAGAAAAUUACUUGGUUUUUACUUGGUUUACUUUUUACAUGGUUUUAAUAAAUGUUAUUGUAAUCUGUAUUGCACAUAACUGUAAAUUACUGAUGUGAUUAUUAAGAUAGUUUGUCUUAUGGGUAGCUGUUGGUUGAUUUUUCUCAUGUUUCCUGUACAGCAAAUAAAAUCUGAUUGGGGUUCA